CGUUGCAAUAAUUCCAUUUUCAACAGCUGAGGGCGCGUGGCAAGUCAAUCUGAGCGUCAUAGCCAUCGCCGGCGAGCACAUCCGACGAAUGUUUCCCUCCUCCUCCCCAUCGUCUGCGCGAUGUUACGAGGACUGCGAUCACUUCACGGUAUCUGCUGGUUCUUCUUCGCCUGGUUGCAGCUUGUUUUCUCUCAAUCCUUCACUCCUGCUGCAAUUCCCCUAGCUGUCCGGUCUCCUUACUUUAGCACCUGGCUCAGUACGACCAACGGUACAGCCGUCACUAAUGAAUGGCCCCAUUUCUGGUCACAGGCCAAUAGUCACAAUAAUGGCUGGGCCGGGCUGGUCAGGGUGGACAGCAUUACCUACAGAUGGCUGGGAGCGGCACCGGGAAUGAAUGCCACAACCCGCACUAGCUCACAAGUCACGCCUACGCGGACCAUCUGGACGGUUAAGGCGGGUCCAAUGACUCUCAAUAUCACCUUUCUUACCCCUAUCGAGCCUUCGGACUGGGUCCGCCAAUCCAUGCCUUUCUCUUACUUGUCAUUUGAGGCGGAGUCCACGGACGGAAAAUCCCACGAUGUACAAGUCUACUCCGAUGUCAGUGCAGAAUGGCUUUCCGGCAACUUGAGUGCCCUUGUGCAGUGGAAUACGACGACGACCAAUCAGCUCAUAUACCAUGAAGUGGUGCUUGAGGAGUCGACCCAGUUCACCGAAGUCAGCGAUCAGGCUGUAGACGGUACGCUUUACUAUGCCAUAGCUCAGGGCACAAGCGCGACGUAUCAGACCGGCCAGGACGCCGUCGUCCGUGGUCAGUUUUCGACCAAGGGCACCCUGAAGAACUCGCAAGACACAAACUUCCGUGCCAUAUCGAAUGACUAUCCUGUAUUCGGCCUCGCCGUAGACCUCGGGAAUAUACAAUCCACGCAGUCUCCCGUGGUUUGGUCUGUCGGCUUCGUCCGGGACCCAUCGAUCCAAUACACAACAGGAUCUGGAACCGUGCAGAAUCGCAGCCCUUACUACGUCACGCAGUACUCCAGCGCGGUGGAUGCUAUGGAGGCGUUUGUGUCUGACUACAGUGAUGCUGCGUCGAGGUCAACCCAGCUGGACGACGAAAUCACGAAGAAUGCGACAAGCAUCUCAUCCGAGUAUAGCGACUUGGUCUCCCUAGCAGCCCGUCAGACCUUCGGUGCGAUCGACAUCACCGUAUCCCAAGGCACAAAAUCGCAGUGGAAUACUUCGGACGUGAUGAUCUUCAUGAAGAACAUGGGCACGGAUAGGCGAGUCAACCCUGUUGAGGUCAUGUAUGCUGCAUUUCCAAUGUUCCUCUACGUGAACGCGUCGUACGGACGAUCACUCCUGACGCCGCUGUUGGAGUUCCAAACGUCCAACAUUUACACCCUCCCGUACGCAGCGUCUGACCUUGGAACCUCCUACCCGAUUGCAAGUGGGGAAUCGUCGUCGAAUUCACAGGCUCUGGAAGAUACUGCUGACAUGAUCAUCAUGGCUCUCGCACAUGCAAGAGCUUCUGGCGACGGGUCACUCCUUGUGCAAUAUUACGACCUGCUCAAGUCCUGGGCUGAUUAUCUCGUAGACAACUCGAAGACACCAGUCAAUCAGGUAUCCGCUGAUGGACAGAAUAACGCGAACAUGACCAACCUGGCGAUCAAGGGGAUCAUCGCGAUCGAGGCAAUGUCCCAGAUAUCCUCUGUGCUUCAGAACACAAGCGCCGCUAGUACUUAUUCUGAAAUCGCAUCGGCAGACUCGAGCGCAUGGGAGUCGCUGGCCAUGUCACAAAAUGACGCGCAGGGGUUGCUGUUCACUUACGGCCUCACGAACUCUUGGGCGCUGAUGUACAACCUGUAUGCCGAUCUCCUCCUGGGAACGAACGUCGUCAGCCAAUCUGUGUAUGACCGUCAGAAUGACUACUACAACUCGUUGAUUUCGGAUGGGACAUCGAGAACGUAUGGUCUGCCCCUCGACAGUGCGGCUGCUGUUCAGGGCAGCUCAGCAUGGCUUUCCUUCACGGCGGCCACGGCGAACUCGAGCGUACGCGACCAGUUCAUUUCGAUGAUCUGGAAGCGGGCCACGUACAACCAGACGGCGGGCGUCUUCCCGGCGACGUAUGAUGUGGACAGCGGCACUGUCACAGGUGGUACUGCAAGCCCGGCACAAGGGGCUAUGUUUGCUCCUCUGGCUCUCAACAUCGCCAACCAGACGAUCUCGACAUCCGGCGGCUUAUCGGGGGCAGGGACCUCUGGCAGCCCAUCGUCGAGUUCGAACAUAGGCGCGAUAGUCGGCGGCGUCGUUGGCGGUGUCGGCGGCGUUGCUCUCAUCAUCGCCGCUGUCUUCUUCUGGCGAAGACGAAGGGCUCGGGCGGCGCAAGUGGCGUAUGAAAAGACCGCGAUCGACGACUCUGCAGUGGUAUCUCCCGAACCGUUCCCGUACGCCACGACGCCCUACGCGCCUCCUGCAAUGGACCAGUCGCAGACAACCGAUACGUUGGAACAGCCGCCGCCAAUACCAGUCAUGUCCACCAAGCUGCGUGAGCAUCUGCGGCAUAUGGCACCGGUGGCUCCUGCAUCGUCGGCGUCUGGCAGCGGAACGCGGACAUCUGGUUCCCAGUACAGUCAAGAGCCUCCAACAACCAUAGGUGGAUCCACGUCUCCGUCGGCCCGCAGCGAGAUUCAUGGCCUCCGAGCCGAGGUCGAGAAUCUGCGGAGAUACAUGCAGGAACUGCAUGCGCAACAAUUGGAGGCACCUCCGAGCUACGUUGAGGAGUAGUGGAUAUCGCUAUGGAUCACGACCAGGCUCGGCUGUAACAUACACAACGGACGGACUACUACAUAGUACUUUAGGCGAUCUCUC